GAUUUAAAUCAAUUUUGAUGGCCCAAUUGAUCUUGACCCGGUCCAUAGAAAUGGUCAAGAUUGAAUCUCAACCAUUCAUGAUAUUUUGAUAUUGGACCCAAACAAAAAUACAAAACUCUAAAAAAUUAGCAUUUUCCUUUAUUUUUAUUUUAGAUUUUUUGUCCCUUUCUUCUUCCCCUUACUACCAUGCCGCCUGCCGGCCACCGCUACCGCCACCACGCCGCCGGCCACCCACCCCUCUUUGGUCGGAAUUUUUUUUAAAAUUUUACCAUCUUUUCCUUUCAUCCUCCUCUACCUAAAUCUACAAACCUUUCAUCCAUAUCUAUAGCCAAACUCCGUAGAUCUAAGGAAAACCAAAUAUAAAUUUUUACUUUUUCCUUAGAUUUAUAAAGUUCCGGUCAUUCCUAUCCCAAACCCUUUACAUAAAUGUGUAGAGCUCUUCAAGGGCUAUCAUUUGAUAUAAAUUUAAGUUCAAAAUCCAUCAAAAAAAUUUCCGGCAAAGUUUUCCGGCGACCUUCAUUACCCGAAAGAUAUGUCAAUCUUUUCCCCCCUCUCAAUCUUUAUCCAAAUUCAUCAUUAUCUUUUUUUUUGUUUGACCAUAUAAGUCGUUUGAUGUCGGAUUAUGUUAUUAAUGUUCUAUAAGUUUAUCAUGUUGAUGAGUUGCUUGAGGUAUUAUUAUUUUGUUUUUAUUUCAAUUUUUCUGUUAAUUAUUUAAUUAUUUUGACUUUUUUUUCUGCAUUAUUUUGUUGUGUUUGAUCUUUAAAAUUAUUUAGAUGUUUAGAUUUUGUGAUAGUGGGUCAAUUUGUUUAGGUUUUGAGGAAAUGGGUCAACAUUUGGGCCUAUUUUAAAUUUUUUCAGAUGGCCCAUUAACUUUUAUUCAAACAAUGAAUAAAAGAAAUGGGCCAACUAAAUGACAUUGGGCCUAUUAUUUUCUGAUGACCUAUAUAACUAUAUUCAAUUAAUGAAUAAAGUAAAUGGGUCAUUUAAAAGGGCAAAAGAAUUAUGCAAUUAAUCUGAUUUUUUUCUUAAAACAAAAAUUAAAAAAAAAGAAAAGAAAGGAAUUUCAUUGGCCAUCUUGGGUGGCACCUUGGGAAAACAAAGAGUCAAAUGCAUGCAUUGGCUCUUAAGUUUUCAAGAAAGGUGGGAUGUUAAUGUUGUUCACCUAUUUAAACCCCCUUGGGGAAGAAAGAAAAGGAGGAGAUAUAGAAAGAAAAUUGGAAAAAAAUACUUACUUAAAAAAUUUCUUCUUCUUAAAGAAAAAAAAAGAAGAAGAUAUCUCUAUUGGGUUGUCUUGGGAAUUCAAUUAAAUUUGCUCCUAUAUUUGCUUGUCAUCAACUCUAGGUACAAAUAGCAUCAUCGACAAAAGGACAAGGGUCAAAAAGGCCUAGAAGCGAAGGAAUUCCAGAGUUCAUGAUCGCAGAUACUAUACCAAAAGAUUUAUGGCAAUGGUGCACAGACAUGGGAAGUCAUGAGAAAAAAAGAGUAAAGGAACACUUGGGGCAUUUAGUGCAUCUUAUGGAGAUUGACCCUAGAAGGGAUGUGGUCGAGGCAUUGAUUCCUUUUUGGGAUCCCAAAAAUAAUGUAUUUUGUUUUUCUGACUGUGAGAUGACACCAACUUUGGAAGAAAUUGCUGGCUUCAUGGGGAAGGGGUCUACUUUUCGAGGUGCUGAUCUACGCAAUAAAAGACCCAUAAUUCCAAAACAUGUUGAUGCCAAAAAAUUUCUAGAACUUCUCAAAAUUAAUCAAAUAGAGAAAGAGAGUUUGAAAAAUAGGUGGGUCUCUUUAGACUUUCUACACCAGAGAUACGGUCAAAGGGAUGGUUUCAAGAAUUAUCGGAACCAGUUGAGUAAUCAAGGGGGUGAAGAAGCUUGGAAGGCAAAUGAAUGUUUUGCUUUUAUGGUCACAUUUUUGGGGCUCAUUAUUUUUCCCAAAAGGGACAAGCAUAUUGACAUUCGUCUGGCUGGUGUGGUGAAGGCAUUGACCACAAUGGAAAAUCCAACUAUUAUUCCAAUGAUCUUGGCAGAUAUGUUUCGCGCAUUAACCAAAUGUUUAAGUGGGGAAAUGUACUUUGAAGGCUGUAAUAUUUUGCUACAAAUAUGAUUUUUGGAACACCUUUAUCAUCAUGAUCGUGCGCCUAGGUUUACUCCAGAUUGGUGCAACUAUGUUUCCUCCCAUAAGGAAAGGGAAGCCAAAAUUGAUUUUCCAAAAGGAAUAAUAGCGUGUGAAGAAAAACUUUCAGUGAUCACAUCUGAUGAAAUAGUGUGGAAUUAUUACUGGUUCCCAGCUAAGGAUAUCAUUUGCAUGUCUAGUGGUAUCUCGUUUCUUGUGUUGAUUGGUCUUAGAGGUGUUCAACCAUAUGCCCCACUUCGGGUUAUGCGUCAACUAGCCAGAGUUCAAGAAAUCCCACCCAAUGAUGAUAUGAGUAAGUUUGCAUAUGACACUCCACCAGGUUUUGCUUUUAACAGCGAAGAGAUUAUGAAGAUUUGGUACGGGAGUAUUAUUUCUGAGCUAAGUGAAAUGGUUGUGGAGAAAGAUAAAGGAAAGGUGGUUCCUGGGUACCUAUCGUGGUUUCGUGAUCCGAUGACAUUUGGUGACACUCCUGAAGGAUCCAGCAGAAAAAGAAGAGAUCAACAUAUAAUAAGACAAUUGAAAAAAGAGUUGGAGAAGGCCAAAGCAACCAUUGCACGGCAAGAAGUACAAGUCCAAAGAAGAAAAAAUCACAAGUUAGAGUUGCAAGAUGUGGAAGGAGAAUUGAAGCAUGCAGAGGGAAGACUAGCCCGAUUGGAGGAGGAAUUGGAUAAUAGAAUCCACUUGGCACGACAGAUAAAAAGGGAGCAGAAUUUUGAGAUCUCUCGAUUGAAGAGGGGCUUCGAGGCAUCCGAAGAGGCGCAAAGACAAUUGAUCAUCGAAAGAGCAACACUUCGCCAUCAACUUGAAGCAGCAGAAGGGCGAGAGGCCCUCUUGAGGAAUAAUCUGGGUAAUCAUCAGGCUUUGUUAAAUGACUGUCAUCAAAACAUGGGAAGGGCUAGACUUCAAGUUCAUCAACUAGCAGAGCAAACCUCCUAUGUUAUUAGAAAUCAGCGCCGUAUGAAUGAUCAAGAAGUGGUUGAGCAAGAACGGACCAUUGUUCCCCAUUUGCCGAAGGUGUUUCUGAAUUUGUAUGAGACCUUGGGAGGAAAAAGAAAGCCCCAAGAAAGUGAUGAAGAUUGAAGAAAAGUUUUAGUUGUUUUUGUUGUUCGUUUCAUUUUGUUUGUUGAAAGACUUAGUUUCUAGUUUAAAAUUUGGUGUUUAGGGAUAUUAUGUUGAUCCGGUUGUUUUAAACCUUUUGAUUUUGUUAUUUUCUUGAAGUUUUGGUGAAUGAAUUCCAAAUUAAUCUGUUUGAGUUGUCUAAAUUUUUGAACUACGUAAUGAUCUGAUUCAUGCAAUAACAUGAUACGUAGGCAACCUCCGAAGGGUCCGAUCAGAAUUUAUUUUUUCAAAACUUUUUCUUUUUUUUUCCCAAAAAAAAGAUAAUAAGCAAAGUAAAGAUGGGAUGAAACAAUGGCCUUCUGAACCCAUGUUACUAUGUGAUUAAUAAGUGUGUGAUUGAUUUAUAAAAUUGUCUAACCCCUAACAAGUUUGUUCAUUUCACAUCAACUCUAGUUAGCUUUCGGUGGUUAGGUUUGUGGUAAACUGGCAGAGCACCCGUACUUUACCAGGUCUAAGGUAAGAGCAUCAAUGACAACCAAUACUGAAACUAUGGUGAAUCCAUCAGACACUCCAAUUGAUUCAACAACAAGAGAGACAGUCACUGUUGAAGAAAAUCGGACGCUGAGAAAUAUUAUGGCACAAUUGUGGCAAGCCUGGGCCAAUGGACAAGAACCAUCAACGUCUAUUCUUGGUUUUCCUAAGGUCACUAGUAUUCGAUCUUCAUCUUCUCAGGUCCCAAUAUCAGAACCUUUCUUCCCUCCAGGGUAUGGUCCAUUUGAUAAUUGUGGGGCCGGGCCAUCAACAACACGUCCUCAAGGCAUGCCAUUUAGGAAUAAUCCCACUGUCACAACAGCUGCACCGGUCUAUACACUCCCUCAACCGACUGUGAUGCAAAGAGCAGCUCAAGACGGACAAUUCACCACUCAUCCGGAGCAGUACUAUAUUCCUGGGAUAACAUUUGGGGGCCCUAAAUCUGUUCAAUUUAGUGCCCCUAUUGAUGUUGAGAGGCCCACUCCAGGCUCAGAGCAAGAAGAAAUGUUGAAAAAAAUGAAAAGCAUUGAGCAACACAUGAAGAGCAUGCAAGGGUUAGGAGGGCACAAAAGUGUUGCAUUCAAAGACUUGUGUAUGUUCCCAAAUGUCCACCUGCCACCUGGGUUCAAAACCUGUAAGUUUGAUAAGUAUGACGGACACGAUGAUCCCAUAGCCCACCUUAAGAGAUACUGUAAUCAACUUCGGGGUGCAGGGGGUAAAGAAGAAUUGUUCAUGGCUUAUUUUGGUGAAAGCCUGACUGGUGUUGCCUCAGAAUGGUUUAUAGAUCAAGAUAUUUCCCACUGGCACAUAUGGGAUGAUAUGGCUCAAGAUUUUGUUAGACAAUUUCAGUACAAUGUCGACAUUUUGCCAGAUCGUAAUACACUCUCCAAUACAAGAAAAAAACCAAGUGAAAGCUUCAGAGAAUAUGCUAUCAAAUGGAGGGAACAAGCAGCCCGAGUUAAGCCCCCAUUAAAUGAGCAAGAAUUGGUUGAUAUCUUCAUAGAGGCUCAAGAUCCUGACUACUUCCACCACCUCACAGCCGCAAUGGGAAGACCGUUUCACACAACAAUCAAAAUUGGGGAAAUGGUUGAAAGUGGUCUCAAAACAGGAAGGACCAUGAGCCAAGCAGCAAUCAAAGCUACCACACAGGCCAUUCAAGGUGGUUCAACAAGUUUUGGAAAUCGUAAAAGGAAAGAGGAAGUUAUUUCACUGGCAUCAGGGUCAAGAGGAGCUCAAAGAAAGUCUAAUUGUCCUUACACAUCAGUUCAGGGACAACUUAGCUAUCCUCAGCAUUACUACCCUUAUGCUCCUCAAUAUCCAGUAUCUCCAUCUCCGUACCCGGUCUUAAAUGCUGAGUCAUAUGUGCAUCCUCCCAAUCGCCCACAUUUUUGGGCCCCAUCUCAAGGAAACUUUCACCCACAGCGGCCACCCUAUCAAGUCCCUUACAACUCUCCUAUUAUGCGGAGUUAUGCUCAAGAUCAAGCACAGAAAAAGAAAUUCACUCCAUUAGGGGAGUCGUACUCCAGCUUGUUUCAGAAGUUAAGAAAGAUAGGAGCGAUUGAGUGCAUCCCACCACAUCGUCUGAAUCCAAAUGCUCCAGGUUUCCAAGCCAAUGAAAGAUGUGAAUACCAUUUAGGAGCCCCAGGACACAACACUAAUAAUUGUUGGACCUUGAAGGAGCAAUAGAGAAGCUGAUCGAGCAUGGAGUUGUUGUUGUGACAGGUGAUCAAAACACACCCAAUGUGACCAAUAACCCACUUCCAGCUGAAAACAACUUAGUGGGUAUGGUUUAUGAUGAUCAAGAGUACAGACUCCUCAGCAAAA